AUGCUGCAUCAACACCCACCCGUGAAGGCCUCAAUAUCGUUCUAUUUUGGAUGGUCAAUUUCCCUUUACAGUUACGCCAUCUUCCUGCCAAGCAACCGGUCAUCGUUCCCAUCCAUCCGGCAUUAUCUGCCACUCAUCAAUGUAGAAGGUGAUCUCGCUGCGCAAACAUUCGUAUUUCUCUUUGCUACCUCGUCGGUGGUACCGCACUUGCGUCAUCACCGUAUGGCUGUGAUAUGUGUACCGGCGUUUUUUACUUGGAUAAUCACGUCACGUCUUGAUCUCCUCCGACAUCGUUCCCGGGCAUUUUCUCAGAUACGGGCUAUCGGCGCCGAGAGCGACGUAUGGAAUGUCGUCCGCUACGAGUUUGAGCGUCUGCUUGUUCGGCUCGCGUGGUCGACAUCGUCUUUGAUGACUCGAGCAAGUCGACCACCGGGAGCUGCUCACUGCGUCGCCAUGGCGCCUUUACCCCUCAAUGAGGAUGAAGAAGUGAUGUGCAAGUUCAAGCGCCCAGUCUUCGGCCUGUAUGGGACAGUCAUGGGAGACAAAGGGCGAGAUCGCGUUCGACUUCUGGAUCGACAGUAGCCGGCGUACGGCAUUGAUGAGCAGUGCGAUCAGCCAGGUUCAGACUGCGCAAUGUGCUGCACGAGGACCGCGUCUCAAAACAUGGAACGACUUGUUUGGAUCAGUCUAUACGCAUGCUCAGCCGAUGAUACAUCCAUAUGAAGAGCCUAAACGCAUCCUUAAAACACGGAACAGCAUGCCGCAUCAUCGAUCCGCCAGAGCUGUUCAAGCGCUCACGAGAUGAUUUGUCCAACAUCAUGCACGGUGACACAUGCGACUGACGACGAUGAGAGGUAUAUUCGUCCAAGACCAUCUAAGGCUACGGGUACAUAACAUUAUGCGGCUAUAUUAUGCGCUACGAUAUACCGAUAUAACGUUAUGCAUUACGAGCCGGUAUGCAUUAUGAGGGGUAUGCGAUACAAUGAGAGCGUCCGUGGACCGUGCCCGUGCCC